ACGCACAGCACGUGUGUUUCAUAGGUCGUGGGAAUUCGGAUCCUUAAUUCUGUUUAUUUAUUAGUACAACCUGGAUUUAUAUAUAUUGGGAUAGUUGGUUAAAAUACUAGUGCCGAUUCAUAACAUCACAUAUCAAAAAUGAAACCGAAACCUACCAAGAAACGGUUGGACAUACAGAGCAUGACACUGGACACCUUUCUGGAUAAUAUGGAUGCGGAUUUUGACGGCAGUAGCACUGAUGCUACUUCGGCUGUAGACACCAAACCACCGAUCAAAAAGAAACUAAAAAGGCAGAAGGAAAGCAAAACAAAUCUUCAACAGAAUUUAAAAGUCGAGAAGAAAAAAAAAGGUGAGGAUACAAAGCCUAAAAAGAGAGUGUUAUCGAAAACAUCAAAUGACGUGUCCGAUACCGAUCAAAGUGGUGGGCAAAAAGACGUGGAAAAAGAGCAUCAGCAAGCGUUAGUAAAACUAAAGGAAACUGAUCCUGAGCUGUACGCUUUUUUGAAACAGAACGACAAAAAACUGCUGAAGUUUGGUACAAUGUCACAAAGUGAUGAUGAACUAAGCGAUGAAGGCGAUAACGGAGACGAAGGAGAUGAUGAAGAAGAAGGGACUGUACACAAAUUGCCGGAUAAGUUGGAAGUUGCUAGCGAUGAGAGUGAUUUCGAAGACGAAGGUGAAGAUACCGACGAGCAAGAAGGUGAUAGUAUCGAACCAGGAACACAGAAAAAAAUUACUUUGAAAUUGCUACAAAAAUGGACGGAAGAAUUGACGACGUUCCCAUUGAAAAACGUGGAGAUCAUACGUACAGUUUGCAAAGCUUUUAAUUCUGCCUUGGUCACUGUGACUGGCGAAACGAAUGUUAUUCCGGCUUAUAAAGCGGAAGGUACUGCCAUCUUCAACGGUGUUGUCCAAUUGUGCGUUCUACAUCUCGGCAAUGCUGUUAAACAGUACCUAAAUGUGAAGAGCUACAAAAAUAUGAGAAAGAACAAAAGGUUUUCCAAGGUACAGUCUUGUCUGCGAAUGUAUUUGACCGAUUUGACAAAUUUGCUGGAAAAUGUUUCAUCGAAACAAAUUAUGAAUGUCCUUCUGAAGCAUCUGCAUCAGUUCUCGUCGAUUUUAGUGUGCUAUCCUUCGAUUACAAAACCCAUCCUAAAACGUAUGAUCGUAAUUUGGAGUACCUCCGAAGAGGAAUCAAUCCGAGUGCUGGCCUUUUUAUGCAUCAUAAAGAUUACAUGUGGUCAAAUGCAACGGUUUUUGAGUGAUGUCUUGAAAAAUAUGUACUUGGCCUAUGUUAAGAACAGCAAAUUUGUUAGUCCCAACACGCUUCCUGGUAUCAACUUUAUGAGGCGGUCUCUAACGGAAAUGUUUACAUUGGACAUGGGAGUUUCCUAUCAGCAUGUGUUUCUUUACAUUCGCCAACUAGCGAUUCAUUUGCGAAAUGCAGUGAUUCUCCAGAAAAAGGACAGCUUCCAAUAUAUCUACAAUUGGCAGUAUAUUAAUUCACUUAAACUCUGGUCGGACGUAUUGGCCGCAACGUACAACAAAAAGGAACUCGAGCCGCUAAUUUUCCCAUUAGUCAGCAUAAUAACCGGAGUUAUUAAAUUGAUUCCAUCGGCGCAAUACUUUCCACUUCGCUUUCACUGUUGCCGAAUGUUGAUAGACCUCUCGGCUCGAACCCGAGUUUUCGUUCCGGUUCUUCCAUUCUUGGUGGAAGUGUUGAACUCGAACAGUUUCAACGAAGAACACAAAAAGCUGUCGAUGAAACCCGUGAAUUUGACUUGUUUGCUUCGGAUGGCACCGGCCAACAUACAGGAGAAUGCAUACAAGGAUGCUGUCUUGGAUCAAAUAUACGAACUUUCGCUCGAAUAUCUUGCCCAUGAAUCGUCCUCGAUUUGCUUCCCCGAUUUGGUCAUACCAAUCGUUACUGCGUUACGCAAAUUCUGCAAAACCACUAAAGCAUACAAAUAUUCUCGCAAAAUCAAACAGCUUAGUGAUAAAAUCGUAGAAAACAGUGCUUUCAUUGACAAGGAGCGAACGCUGAAUCCGGUCCGGUUGAACGACAUUUCCGCUAUACGUAGCUGGGAGGCAACGCGCAAAGCCAACGGAACUCCAUUGUGGUCGUUCCAUCAGAGCUUCGCCAUUGAAAACGAUAAGAUUAAGCGGCGACAGGCUACUCAAUCUGAUGACAUUAACGAUUAUAAUUUACCAACGGUUAAAAAACUAGUUAAGAAACCUAUUGCGAGCAAAGAAGGCCCCACGGAACUUUUCCCGUCGGAUGAGGAAAUCGACGAUCAUGACUUAGGUGACGCGGAAGAAGAAGUAGAAGAGGAGGAACCGAUACGGAAAAAACAGAAAAAGGAAUCCAAAGGAAAGAAAGUGAAAAAGGAAAAAGGCAGCAACGGUACGAAGGACACGAAAAAUAAAAAGAAAAAACCGAAAUCAGAAGCAGAGGCAAUCGAGGUCCCUCUGGAAAGGACGGAUAAUGAAGAGGUUGAUAUAUUGAAAGAUCUAACUUUAGAAGAUUGGGAGUAAAAGUAAGUGCUCAGAAGUUACGUAUACAACUAUGUAUUCAUGCUUAGUUUUCGGGAUGAGCUUGAAAACUUAAUCUAAUAAUAAAGAGAUGUUCUGCAUCUGAUUGAAAAAUACGAAA